CUUCACACUUUGCAUCCCAUAUUGCUACGGAACGACCUUCGCAACAGCAACAGCAAGUUGACUCUUCAUCCGCCAGCCUACCAUGAAGUCGGCCCCCUUCGCAGCAGCAUCCGCCGCGGCGGCAACCACCCUACUGCUCGCAUCGCCGGCGCUUGUCCACGCUGACACCAGCGGCGCAGGCUCCAAGCCAAGCUUCGAGCCAACAAACGUUAAAGCACCUUUCCUCGAGCAGUUCACCGAGAACUGGAGCUCGCGCUGGUCCCCCUCCGCGGCCACAAAGGAGCAGUCGGGCGGCGAGACGUUCGCCUACAAUGGCCGUUGGUCCGUCGAGGAGCCAGCCGUCUUCCCCGGUCUGGCCGGCGACGCGGGUCUUGUCGCCAAAUCGAAAGCAUCGCAGCACGCCAUCUCAGCCCAAUUCGACCAGCCGGUCGAUAUGGCCGAGGCUGGCGCACAGGGAAAGCCGCUCGUCGUGCAGUACGAGGUUAAACUGCAGAAGGGUCUCAGCUGUGGUGGCGCCUAUCUCAAGCUGCUCACCGAAAGCCCCGAAGGCAUCCAAGCAAAAGAGUUCAGCGACAAGACGCCCUACACGAUUAUGUUUGGCCCAGACAAGUGCGGCACGACCAAUAAGGUCCACUUCAUUUUCCGGCAUAAGAACCCGGUCACGGGCGAGGUAGAAGAGAAGCAUCUGACCAACGCUCCGUACCCAAAGAUCUCCAAGACGACUGCGCUGUACACGCUCGUCGUGCGUCCGGACAACACGUUUAACAUCCUCAUCAAUGGCGACAGCAAGCGGAACGGCACGCUGCUCGAUGACUUUGCGCCGCCGGUCAACCCACCCAAGGAGAUCGACGACCCGGAAGACAAGAAGCCCUCCACCUGGGUCGACGACGCGCGCAUCCCCGACCCGAAGGCAGAGAAGCCCGCGGACUGGGACGAGAACGCGCCGCUUGAGAUCCCGGACGAGACAGCUGUCAAGCCGGAAGGAUGGCUGAACGACGAGCCGCUGCUCGUCGCGGACCCAGAGGCGGCCAAGCCGGAGGAGUGGGACGAGGAGGAGGACGGCAUCUGGACCCCGCCGAACGUGCCGAAUCCCAAGUGUGAGGAAGCGCCCGGUUGUGGCGAGUGGGUACGCCCGGUGGUCCGCAACCCGGAGUACAAGGGUAAGUGGAGCGCGCCGUACAUCGACAACCCGGACUACAAGGGCCCCUGGGCGCCGCGCAAGAUCGACAACCCAGCGUACUUUGAGGACCUGGAGCCGUACAAAUUCAGCAAGAUCGGUGGCAUCGGCUUUGAGAUCUGGACGAUGGAUGAGGACAUCCUGUUCGACAACAUCUACAUCGGUCACUCCGAGGCCGAAGCGAAGAAGUUCGCCGACGAGACGUUUGGCGCCAAGUCCCCGAUCGAGCAGAACAUUGAGAAGAAGGAGGAGGACGCCGCGGCGAAGAAGGCAGCUGCCAGCGGCGUUAGCGGCGGCAGCUUCGUCGACAACGCCAGGCAGAAGCUCAACGAGUUCAUCGAGGCCGCGCGCGUCGACCCCGUCGCGGCCAUCAAGGAGCAGCCUGCCGUUGCGGGUGGCGUUGGCGCGGCUGUGGCUGGCCUCGUUACACUCCUCGGCAUCGUCGGCAGUCUGCUGGGCGGCGGCAGCAGCAGUUCCGGCGCCAAAAAGGCCGCGCAGAGCGCAAAGGCCAAGGGCAAGGAGGCGGCCGCCAAGGCCAAGAGUUCGGCUGUGAAGGCAAAGGACGAGGUCAAAAAGCGCACUGCGGCUGUCACUGAUGACGCCGACGAAGAGUAGAGCGAGCGAGCCUGCCUGUGCAUGAUUCUUUUCGCUCAUGUCAGCCAUUAUAUAGCUCAUGAAAAGGCACGCUUCUCAUAUGCACGCUUUCGGCAGAAAUAGGAAACCGAUGGGG